AUGACCAUGAUCAUGACCCGAUCUGUUCCUCUCCCUGCGCGCCUCCAACGGUUCCGCCAACGCCAACUGGAGACCUUCACUGGAGACCGAGUUGCUACGGUACGCACUGCGAUUGGCACGUCCGGCAAUCUCCAAGAAUCAUUGGAUCUCGGCCCCACCCAGUCUCGACCCUCUCGAUCCUCGUAG